CGGAUUUCUUCAUUGGACGAAAACGAAAAAUCGAAGUGUCCCGAUAGUAUGCCUGGCAACGACAAAACAAGAUGGCGAAGGUGGUCAUUGCGGGGAAAGCUGGCUGUCCAUACUAUGCCCGAUGUGAGCUCCUUGGAGACAAAUUAGCGAGAAACCUCCCAGACUUUAAGCUCCACAAAAUUGUGAAACAGAAUGGUGAAUGGGAGAAAUGGCUGAAGACAACUUGCAAUGAGCGUGGAUGGUCCCACAUGAAGUCACCAAUAGUUUGGAGGGAGUUGAUCGAUCGUGGCGGGAAAGGUGUCCUGAUAGGCGGCGCCAAUGAGUUCCAGGAGUAUGCUAAUGGAUAUUAUGGGAUGGAAUCGGAACUUCUUAGCUCUGAUAUGCUUAAAAUUUCUAAAGAAAACCACAAAUACAAAACAGAAUUAGAUGAGGAAGAUAAGGAAAUUAAAGCACAGAGUAAGCCUCUUCAUGUAUGCAUUACUGUAGCUUCAAGCCCUGUGUGUUAUGCCAUGGUGAAUGCCAUUGCCAAGGGGGAUGUUUUUGGCAGCAAGCAGGAAGUGGCUCUCCAUUUAUACGAUGCAAAUGACAAAACGGAAAUGUUGGAAGGAUUUAAGAUGGAGGCAAUUGACCUCGCCUAUGGACUUCUCAGAGACGUGACAGUCGAAACAAAUGUGCGUAAAGCUUUUAGUAACUGUAGUGCAAUCAUCCUCAUGGAUGAAGUCAUCAAGAAAGAAGAGGAAAGCAAGGAUGCAUGGUACAAAAGAAAUUCAAAUCUGUUCUCUGGUUAUGCUAAAAUUAUAAACGAUGUAGCCAGAAAGAAUGUGAAGGUUCUCCUGACUGGAGAUGGACCGGUCAAUUUUAAUGUGUUUAUGAUGAUUCAGAAUGCCCCAGAUAUACCCCGUCAAAAUUUUGCAGGAUUGUCCAGGAUGCUGGAGAACCACACGAAGGCUGUGAUUGCUGAGAAGUUGAAGGUCAAUUCUAGCGGUGUCGUGAAUGUAAUAAUCUGGGGCAAUGUCAGUGGCGAAUACUACAUUGAUCUUGAAAACAGUCAGGUCCAUGGUUACGAGGGGGCUGUUUGGGGACCGCCGUCUUUCUCCUUACCGACAAAAGAGAUGAUCUGGGACAAGCAAUGGAUUGCCAAGGACUUCCUUGAACUUGUCACGACAAGGAGAGCUACAAUCGAGGGAGAGAUGAAGCAUGGAAUAUCCAUGUCAAAGGCAGCAGCUAUAUCCACUAUGCUGAGCCACUGGUGGAGCGGGUCUCCAAGUGGACAGACCUUCUCUCUAGCAGUAUGCUCUGAUGGUUGGUACGGUGUCCCGGCAGGACUUGUUUAUUCCUUCCCGGUAACCAUGCAUCCUAAGGGUUACUGGUAUGUCGUGCAGGACAUUGACCUCUCAGACGAGGUCAAAGAAAGACUCAAGGUCGCUGUACAGGACUUGAUAUCAGAGAAGGAAAUAAUGUACCCACCACCAAAACCUCCAACCCCUUCCCCAGGCGAGGUCAAGGUCACCAUUAUUGACCCCAAGGAGGAAGCUGCAGCAUCUGAGAAAGAGGAAGAAGAAAAGAAAGUUGAGUCAGGAGAGGAAGGCAACACAACAGGGACUUCCGAUUCAGCUGUAGAGGUAGAUUCGUCUACAGAACCAAAGCUGGAGACGAUCGUAGAGGAAAAAGGGGCCAAUGACAAUGUUAAUGGUAAUGCCGUAGGCAGCAAUGAAAAUGAAGAAAAGGGAGACAACUCCGGACAGGAAGCUGCACCAACAGAGGAAUCGACUGCAGAAUGAUUAGGCUUCACAAAACAAGCUAAAUAUUGAGUGUGAUACCUGUAAGUGGAGCAGAUAUUCCCAAUCACACUUUCAAGAAGACUUUAAGAAGUUACAAUUAGCACCUAAUUGACGUGCAUGUCCUCGUUACUGUUUUCACCAGACAAAUUUAUUUUAGAAAGGUUGUUAAUAUGGAGAAAUAAGGUGUGACUUUGCAUCGAUAUUGACUGGCAUGCUCAAAGCCUGCAUAUAGGAGAUUGGAUACUGUCAUUCAUAUAUUCAUGGGUAAAGAAUUGUUUAAUCAUGAAAUCUCUUUGAGUGUCCUUAGAUUGGAAAGAUAAAAUAUGGCAUUUCUUCAUGUUUAAAACUUGCUUGGUAUUGCAAUAUGAAUGUUAUUUCGUCCAUUAGAAAGGACUAAUGCAUAGCAGAAAACAAAUUUUGUGACAUUUUGCUUCUUUUAGAAAUGAAAAUCAUUCUUUCAAACAUAUUAUUUAAGUAUGUUGAUACUAUUGUAAAAUAAUUGCAUAUUAAAUGUCAUGAAAAUGAGCAAAGAAAAGAAUAUACAUGAAUUGUUGAGUAAAUUCCAAACAUGAUUUUCAAAUAUAAUGUUGAAACUUAAAAAGGGAAUUUCAUGUUUUAAAAAAUGUUCUCGAAUUUUUUGUUGUUGAAAAUUUGAGAAAUAUUUCUUUUUUUUUCUGACUGAUAAAUGUGUACUGCUGCAUGUGAAUUGUACAUCUGUAUAUAAACUUGUAAGACAUGUAUAUAUGUGUACAUAUAAAUGUGUAUCUAUUGAAGAUAAACUUCUCUAUUUGUAUAUUUAUCUAUACUAAAAUCCUAAAUGAUAAAAUUCAAA